AUGAAAUGGUGGUCGAAGAUUGAUUUCUCCGAGUCGAAUUUCUAUGGGGCCUUUUUCCAUAUUUUAGCUGUUUCUAUGGCAAUAUGUUCCCUUCUAUCAAGUGAGUGGAUCCUGAUCGAGGAACCAGCUCUAAAUUCAACUACAGGUAGUGAAAACAACGGUCUAUUCUUCGAUGUUUCACGCUCGGAUCAUUGCACAAACAUUGGUUGUCGAGACUUUUGGCAUCCUGCUCGGUUCGGUGGUUUCUUAGACAAGAAAGGGAAGACCCAUAUUGCCUUUCAUUCCAAUGACCGUGUGCUCUUGGAUUGUGUUACACCGAUGGUGGCCAACCUUUUCUAUGUCUUGAUCGCUUUGUGUUUUGUUAUUGCUCUGACAUCUUCAUUGUCAUUCAUAAUGAAUCUACUUCCUCCGCCAAGUGGUUUCCUUCAAUGGUUGAAGCGCAAUACAAUUUUCGAAAUGUGCAAUAUGCUUCUGACUCUAUGUGUUUGCGUCAUUGCCUUAAUUGCACAAUGUGAAGUAGCUCGUAUGAGGCCAGAAUGUGAUGUGUCGCUUGGAGGUGGAGUAUUCAUGGUUUGUCUUGCUGGUAUGAUGUGCUUCUUUGCCGCCACAUCAACUUUACGUCACUCCACGAGAAUGAAUCGACUUCGACGUAUUGACAAUCAACGGCUUUUGUGUGCAAGAUCGUUGAGAUCAUGGCGUGAUUCAGCACGACGUCCGGAUGACGUGCUUCCAAUAGUCGAUUUUGAGAGGUAUCUCGACUCUUCCUCUUCUUUGGCAGACCUUGGAUUGGCUCAUUCUAAUCCUGUACAAUCAUAA